CGUUCUAUUGAUUGAUGAUAAACGAUAAGUUAAAUAAACAUAUCGUGAGUAGCAAUCAUCAUCAUAAUCCUCCAUACGGCCGGAGCGACCUCUAUUUAAUUAUUCCACGAACAAUUUACCUAUAAAAAUCUAUGUAUUUAUAUUUGCGUGUGUGGGUGUGGGUGUGAGGAAAACAAGAAAAUAUCAAAAGUUGGAAAGAAUGAGCGAAAAUAAGAGGAAACAACACUUUGUGCUAGUACAUGGUGCAUGCCACGGCGCGUGGAGCUGGUACAAGGUUAAACCGCUGCUCGAGGCCGCAGGCUACCACGUGACCGCUGUAAACCUAGCAGCCUGUGGGAUAGACACCAGGUCGAUCACUGAGAUCUCCACAUGUGAGCAAUACUCGGAGCCAUUGAUACAGCUACUGGCCUCAUUACCAAGUGAUGAGAAGGUUGUGCUCGUUGGCCAUAGCUUUGGUGGCUUGAGCUUAGCCAUAGCUAUGGAUAAGUUUCCCAACAAGAUCUCUGUCUCUGUCUUCGUGAGUGCUUUCAUGCCCGAUACUAAACACUCACCAUCCUUCGUCUUGGACAAGUUUGGAAGCAACAAGCCAGAAACAUAUUGGAUGGCCACCGAAUUCGAACCAUACGGCUCAGACAAUUCUGGGCUUAGUAUGUUCUUCAGCCGUGAGUUCAUGAAGCUCGCUCUCUAUCAGCUAUCUACAGUUGAGGAUCUUGAACUGGGAUUGCUUUUAAAGAGACCUGGAUCGUUGUUUGUGGGGGACUUGUCGAAGAUGAAGAACUUCUCAGAUGAAGGGUAUGGAUAUGUUCCUCGAGCUUACAUAGUGUGCAAAGAGGAUAACGGCAUUCCAGAAGAAUUUCAAAAAUGGAUGAUUGAUAAUUUUCCAGUGAAUGUGGUGAUGGAAAUAGAGGAAACAGAUCAUAUGCCAAUGUUAUGCAAGCCUCAGCAACUCUGUGAUCACCUCUUGAAAAUUGCUAAAAAAUUCGUUUAAACAAUCUUGAUGAAAAUGUACCUGGAUCGUUGUUUGUUUGCUUUUUUUUUUGGGAACUUUAAAUAAUUAAGGACUUGUUGCAAAUUGAUAAUAAUGUAUUUUGUGGCCUUUGAAUUAGGUAAAUUAAGUUUGUGGCUUAAAGCA